AUGGUGCAUUGUUUUAAAUUAAGACAAUUUUCACCUCAGAAAUUAAAAAGAUCAAAUGUAUUUCUACUAUCGGCAUUUACGGUUUUCAUAAUUUUCAUUUAUAUCAAUAGUGAAUUAAUACUACCGAACACUGACCCAUUUUGGUUAAAUUAUAAGAUCAAAAAAGAACCAAAAUAUAUCAAGGAACUGAAACUUUUAAGUGACUCGAAAUUACAUACAAAUAUUGAUUCACCAUUUAUUUAUGGUUGUUCUACACCAAACCCCCAAGAAAAAGCUAAUGCGGCUUUUGUAAUGUUAUGUCGAAAUUCUGAAGUAGAAAAAGUUGUAUCAAGUAUACGAUCUAUGGAAAGACAUUUUAAUCAAUGGUUUAAAUAUCCUUGGAUUUUUUUAAAUAAUGAAGAAUUCACAUUGGAAUUUCAAAAUGAAAUUAAAAAGCAUACAUCAGAUGCGAAAUUUGGGAAAAUAGAUAUGAAAGACUGGGAUUUCAAUCCAGAUAUAGAUAAGGAUGAAUUUCAUGAAUGGAUAGAAUCACAAGGAGAUAGAGAAAUAUUAUAUGGGAAUUUAAAAAGUUAUCAUAAAAUGUGUCGAUUUUAUGCUGGACAAUUUUUUCUACAUCCGUUAGUAACAAAAUUAGAUUGGUAUUGGAGAGUUGAACCUGAUGUUGAAUUUUAUUGCGAUUUAACUUAUGAUCCAUUUUUAGAAAUGGAAAAAAAUGGGAAAAAAUAUGGAUUUAAUGUGAUGUUAGCAGAUUUAUAUUAUUCUAUUCCUGGUUUAUUUAGAUAUGUUUCAUCAUAUAUCAAGAAAAAUGAUAUUAAAGUUAAAAGUGCCUGGAAAUUAUUUACACUCAAUUCAAAUUUUAUAACUGGUGGUUCAAAACAAGAUCGAAAAAAUCUAGAUGGAAUUCAUGAUGGUCAUGAAAUAUUAUAUGAAAUUCAAGAUCAAUUAUAUGUUAAAAAAUUAAUUCAUGAAAUAAAAAAUAAAGAUGAAAAAAUGUUUAAAAAUAAUUUUCAAAUAUUUGACAAAAUAUUUGCAAUUAGUAAAAAAAUGCCAAAUUUAUAUGAGGAUAGAAUAAAUAAUGAAGAUUAUAAUUUAUGUCAUUUUUGGUCUAAUUUUGAAAUUGCUAGAGUUGAUUUAUUUAAAUCAAAAGAAUAUCAAGAUUUUUUCAAGUAUUUGGAUGAAAGUGGUGGAUUUUAUAAAGAAAGAUGGGGUGAUGCACCAGUUCAUUCUUUAGCUAUCGGAAUGCUUUUAGAUUUAAAUGAAAUUCAUUAUUUCAGAGAUAUUGGAUACAGACAUGAUGUUUUUUCCCAUUGUCCUUCAAACGCAGUUGGAAAGCAAUUACCAUAUACAGGUGAUUCAUUUAUAAGACCUGAUAAACCAAAAUUUAACGGAGUAGGAUGUAGAUGUCAAUGUCCUAAAACUUACGAUGAGAUUGAAAAUUCAGAUUGUAUGAGAAAAUGGGAAAAAUUUAUACAAGAUGAUUAUAGAGACAAUGAUGUAAUAGAUGUUGAUAGAUGGACAAAGCGAAUUGAUAGAAAGAUUAAGCAUCAUUUGAGAGCUGGGGGUAAAGUUGGUGACAAUUUAGUGUAG